AUGGCUACAACAGAACUACCGAAAUUUGAAUUUUUGUCACUAGCUGACAACACGUCCGGAUGGGGACCAUUGACAACAAGCUGUUCAGCUGAGGAACCCGUCCCAUUCCAACAAUUUAACAAGGCUGAUCGUAUCGGUCGCGUUGCUGACUGGAUUGGAGUGGACCGCUUCUAUAGAAGAGGAAAUGAGAGAUACAAUGAGCGUGUCUACGGAUCAGCCGCUAAUGCUGGAAGUCAAUUCGAUUACAUUCACGGAAUGGACGAGCACAACUUCCAACUCGUUGACACUUCUAGACCAAUGGCUCGUAAUCCUCAACGUAACUUCCGCGUUCGUCAAAUGCAUCUCCGCAAGAUGAUGCAGAAGGAAGUCGAGAAACGUGAGCUGGUGAACCAGUCGACUAACUUGAGAAUGAAGAGAAGUAUCGCCAAGGAGCAGCAACGCGCGUUCAAGAUGUGGCAACGUCGAGGAGGAAAUGCUCGUCAAGGACAACGCGGUCAAGGUGGUAGAUUCGGAGGAGAUCGACCGAAAGAGCGCCUUCCCUCUGUUCAAGUUCGCCCAGAAUGGAAUGUUCUCGAGGAAAUGAAUCUCAGUGCUUUCUCCAAACUCGCGCUUCCCAACAUUCCAGGAGGAGAAGAUAUCGGAGAUCAUCAAUACGGAAGUCUUCAAUAUUAUGACAAGACUAUUGAUCGCGUCUCAGUAAAGAACUCAAUUCCCCUCCAAAAGUGUGCUGGAGUUUUCUACAAUGUCACCACAACUGAUGAUCCAGUUAUUCAAGAACUUGCCCAAAGCGGAGUAGGAAAUGUUUUCGGAACUGAUAUCAUUUUGGCUACUUUGAUGACUGCACCAAGAUCUGUCUACUCAUGGGAUAUCGUUGCAUACAGAGUCGGAGACAAGCUCUUUUUCGAUAAGAGAAAUACCAGAGAAAUUCUGAACCCUGUCGAGGCUCUUACUGUCUCUGAAACCAGCGCCGAGCCACCGUCAUUCGAUGGAGGUAUGAAUAAUGCUAAAGACCUUGCCACAGAAGCAUUCUACAUCAACCAAAACUUCCGUCGGCAGGUUGUGAAGAGAAACGAACCAGGAUUCACUUUCAAGAAUCCACGUGCUCCAUUCGAAGAUGAUGAAACUGGAGAGUCCGGAACUGCUUACAAAUAUCGCAAGUGGAGCCUUGGAAACGGUGUUGACGGUAAGCCAGUUGAAUUGGUGUGCCGUACCGAGUUGGAUGGAGUAAUCUAUGGACUCGGAAAUGAGACACAGACCCUCACCAUCAAGGCAUUCAACGAAUGGGACAGCACACAGUCUGGAGGAGUUGACUGGAGAACAAAGCUUGACGUCCAGAAGGGAGCUGUGAUGGCUACCGAAAUCAAGAACAAUUCUGCGAAGGUUGCCAAGUGGACAUUGCAAGCUCUUCUUGCGGGAUCGGACACCAUGAAACUCGGUUAUGUAUCCCGUAACAUCUCGAGAAAUGCUCAAAAUCACUCGAUCCUGAAUACGCAAUACGUGAAACCAUCCGAAUUCGCCAGUAACAUUGCUUUGAACAUGGACAACUGCUGGGGAAUCCUCAGAUGCGUCAUUGAUAGUUGCAUGAAGCAGAAGCCAGGAAAAUACUUGUUGAUGAAGGACCCACAAUCACCGGUUAUUCGUCUGUACUCGUUGCCAGAAGGAACAUUCGAGAGUGAACGUGAAAGCUCCGAGGAGGAAAACUCUGACGACGACCAAUAA